UUUGUGUUUUUUUUUCUACUUUAUUGUUGUUGCGAUGGAACCGGAAGCGAAACUACGUUCCGAUAUAAAUGACGAAAAAAUUCUUAAGGAAAUCGAAAAAUUGGUUGUAACAGACAGUAUUAUUUGUGAUGAUUACCAAGUUGAAGAGAAACAGUCCGAUGAAAAGACGGAACAAGAACCAGUUGCAGUCGAAAAAAUCAUUUGGCACAUCACAGAUGAAGAUGACGAAGAAAACAAUCAAAAUGUUGGUGAAAAAGUAAACAUUGAAAACAAACGAGAUGAUGAUUUGCUGGAUCAAAACGGAGAGACAAAACUAAUCAAUAUGACAGAAAUAAGCCAAGAUGAAGAAAAAUUAACAUCAAUAGAGGAAGAAUCAAAAUAAAUCAACCAAAUAUAUUAGAAAGUAGUUACAUUUAUUGAAAAAAAUAUAUAUAUGUAAUGUAACAAAAAUAAUUAUUAUUAAAAAAAAAUUAAUUAUAAUUAAAAACAAACAAAAAAUGAA